UGUAUAUGAGUCGAAUCGGCUCUUUCGAGGCCUUCCUUCCAUGUUCUUAGUCUUCUCAUUCCUUGUGCCGUUGCCGUGGUAUUCGUGCCCGUAGUCAAAGUCACUGCUGAUGCCGGGAAAAGCCAAGCACGCAGCGCUUGAAGCUAUCCGCAUUCAAACCAGUCGCAGCUUUCAUCCUCGCCACCAGCACACUCUGCUAUUUUCAAGAGGUUCUGUCAUUGAAAAAUCCAUUCAUCGCAUCAUAAACUUUGUCCAUGGUUUUUUAAUUCGCGCUUCAAUUCUUCAAGUGCGGAGUUCAGGCGCCGACCUCUGCGUCAGCAGAGUCGAUGUCGUGUCGAUCUGCCCGUCGGCCACCCUUCCACGCGGGAUUGGCCAACCCCUUGAACAUGAAACAAAACACAAAUUCAUGUGCAUCGGGUUCUCCUUGCGGCCAAAUGUUGAUGCCACUGCCGCUGGUUGCUUACCAGAAGCUUCAGAAUAUGGCUUGAGCAGGGAUUUAUACACCGCCAUCCUCCUACUCCCAAUCUUAACACGAACUCCGGACUAUUUCCCCCCUGAAGAGUCAAUGUCAUUCAAUCUCUCCUUAUUUUCAUAGUGGUCUGUUAGCUGUCGUGAUGGUACUCCGUUCAACACGGGUCUCGUUCUUGCGAUCAGCAUCAGCCAGACGGAGGAUUCAACCAGCCACCAUCCUGCCUCAAUCCCGAGGUCUCCAGCGGGCAACUGA